AUGGUGUGUUUUGCCGUGCUCCUUUUCCACAACCAAACCAGCACUUUAACUUUUUUAACCAAACAGUACUACAAGGUAUACAAAACCAGCAUCUUUUCCAGUCUGAUAAAGGAAGAGGAACAGCCGGUUGGAGAAGUGAAGGGGGAGAACUUGCCUGGGAGUGAAAACUCUGAGAAAAGCAAAAUCUCUAUCCAGGAUGUAGCAUCCAUGACAAGUGAUGCCCCUGCGUACGCAACCAUUGGACCCUGCCCUGACAUCCCUCCAAAACUUGUGGGUCCUCUCCGUGUGGAGUUUGAUUAUCAUCGGAGUUUGGACAAAGUGAGAGAGGAAGUUGCUGAACCUCUUCAGAAUGGAGGAAGGUUCAAACCAACAGAGUGUGUCGCCCAAAAGGUAAGUGAAUGAAAUGACAAAGUAAUCAAAGAGCAAUGAAGUCAUGAAUUGAACAGUGUCCUGUAGGCUUUGAACAGUUUUUUGUAGUUCACUGAUUCCUACUCUUAAAGGGCGAGUUGAAUCCUGCGUAAAUUUGCCUGCAACAAAUCUUAUUUGGAGAUCUGACUUUCAAUGCAUUCUUUCACUGAACACAAAAGCUGCAUCUUCCGUAUCAACUUUUCCUGAGUAUUAGAGUAAUUCGGGAAUUAUAGGAAUUGGGUGGAGGGGUAUGUUGUCCAUCCUUUAUUUUCAACAUGUUCAUAUUAAAAAAAUGAUAAUGAAUAGCGAGUAGCAGAAGUAACAGUAAAUUUAAAUGUUACAGCCGGUGUUUUAGCAAAACAAGUAGAAGUGUUGUAAGUGAUCUGGAAUAAGACCUGCAUCAUCAUGGUAAUGAGAGAGAAGCAAUCCAGCACACAUUUUAAUUCUUAUUAGUGACGUUGAUUUUUGUAACACAAAUUGGAAAACCUGUAACUUUUAAUAUGUGUGUCAUAAUCACAUGGUUCCCUCUUUUUGAUGGCACAAAAAACAGCAUAAAGCAGAAAGUACACUCACAGUAAGCUAAUCCCUUUCAGAUGGUACCACAAGGUGCUAGCAGGAAAACUCACCUAUGGAAAUUUUUGAAAGCCAACUUAAGUCCCCGCUAACAGGAAGUUGGGAAAAUGCCAAGUGAAUUUCUAACCAAACUUGUCUUUUCAGGUGGCGGUCAUCAUCCCAUUCAGAAAUCGUCAUGAGCACCUGAAGCAUUGGCUGUACUACCUCCAUCCUAUACUGCUACGGCAGCAGGUGGACUACGGCAUCUACGUCAUCAACCAGUUUGGAGAAGGAGUGUUCAACAGGGCCAAACUGAUGAAUGCAGGAUAUUUUGAAGCACUGAAGGAAUAUGACUAUGAUUGCUUUGUCUUCUCAGAUGUAGAUCUUGUUCCUACCGAUGAUCGUAACCUCUACAGAUGUUUUAGCAAUCCAAGACACCUGGCCGUGGCUAUGGACAAAUUUGGCUACAGAUUACCUUAUAAUACUUACUUUGGUGGUGUUUCAUCAUUUUCGAGGGAACAGUUCUUGAGGAUAAACGGCUUCCCAAACACCUAUUGGGGCUGGGGUGGUGAGGACGAUGAUAUCUACAAAAGAGUUACCUUUCGUGGAAUGAGUGUUUCGCGGCCUGACUUAGUGAUAGGAAGGUACAAGAUGGUACGACACAAGAGAGACUUGCACAAUGAGCCUAAUCCAAAGAACCCAGACAAACUGCACAUGACCCAUUGGACUAUGGACAAAGAUGGGAUUAAUUCCCUCAAAUACACAGUCAAGGAGAUUGUGAAGGAAAAAAUGUUCACAUUUAUCACAGUGGAUAUUCAGGCUCCAGCAUCAUGA